AGAUUCUAUCGUAUAUCUAGAGAUCAGUGAUAUCUAGGGUCAGCUAAGGCUGUAAUUAGCCCAACCCGGCGAGCGCCUCGGUUUCGGUUUCUUUCCGUUUCGUUAGGAUCGACGAAAAGUCGAGGUUAGUCCUAGGAGGAGCAGCAGGCUGGAAGUGGAAAACGAAUCGCGUUAUCCUUUAGAAAGAAUAUCAUUAAUUUCGAGAGGUGAACAGAAAUGGCGUUAGCUCUGGGAAUGUGCGAAACGCCGGGUUGCAAGGCUGUUGCGAGUCUUCAAUGUCCAACUUGUUUGAAAAUCGGUAUUCAGGGAUCGUAUUUCUGCUCCCAGGACUGUUUCAAAGGCAGCUGGAAAUCGCACAAAAUUAUUCAUCAACUGGCUAAGGGAGAAAACGAUGACAAAUCAUCAGACGAGUACAAUCCCUGGCCAUCUUAUCAUUUCACUGGAAAAUUGCGUCCCUGGAGAAGAGAACCACGUAGGGAGGUGCCAGAAUCUAUUGCACGCCCAGAUUAUGCUACACAUCCCACCGGUGUCCCACUCAGCGAGCAAGCUGUGAGGGGUUCAGCCCAAAUAAAAGUUCUCGAUGACGAAGAGAUUGAGGGAAUGCGCGUCGCUUGCAAGCUUGGACGAGAAGUUCUCGAUGAAGCUGCACGCGUCUGUGAUGUUGGGGUAACAACAGCAGAAAUUGACAGAGCUGUUCAUGAGGCAUGUAUAGAGCGAGACUGCUAUCCAUCUCCCAUGAAUUAUUACCAGUUUCCCGCAAGUUGCUGCACCUCGGUUAACGAAGUAAUUUGUCAUGGAAUACCUGAUACCAGGCCUCUCGAAGAUGGAGACAUCUGCAACGUGGAUGUUACUGUAUACCACAACGGAUUCCAUGGUGAUUUGAAUGAGACAUUUUUGGUGGGUAACGUUAAGCCUGAGAUUAAAAAGUUGGUCGAAGUGACCUACGAGUGCCUGUCUAAGGCCAUAGAAAUUGUAAAGCCAGGAGAAAAGUACCGUGAGAUAGGCAAUGUCAUUCAAAAGCAUGCCCAAGCACACGGACUCAGCGUCGUUCGCAGCUAUUGCGGACACGGCAUCCACCGUCUCUUCCACACUGCUCCCAACGUACCACACUACGCCAAAAAUAAAGCAGUCGGUGUGAUGAAGGCUGGUCACUGCUUCACGAUUGAACCGAUGAUAUCGCAGGGAAGUUGGAGAGAUGAGAUGUGGCCUGACAAUUGGACCGCUGUCACGACCAACGGCUUAUGGUCUGCUCAGUUUGAACAGACGUUGUUAGUCACCGACACGGGAUGCGACAUACUGACAAAACGUCGGGAGAACAAUGGUCAGCCUCACUUUCUUGACCACCUCUAGUAAUCCCAAAAGAUCUGAAGACCCGAAAUGCCAAGAGUCAUAACGAUAGGAGUUUUCGAUCAUAUAUUAUUUUUAAACUCAAUUGGAUACGGAUUACUGCAAGAUGCUGGAUGUGAGUGUAAAUAAUUGGAGGAGCUUAGCGAAGUGUUGUGUUGUUUGCUUGUUAUUCUUGGUCAUUCGAUGGACGACCGCAAAAGGAAAUUGAAAGUCAACUUGUGCGUAGUGAUUUGAAAACGAAGAUGCCUCGUGUCUCCUGCUUUCAGGUAAAAAAAAAAAAAAAAAAAAAUAUAUAAUAAUUACACAGAUUCUUUGAACAGUUUUGAAUAGUUUUUUCAAAUCGUCACUUGACUUGUUCGUAUUUAUAUAUAUAUAUAUAUAAAUAAUAUAUAUAUACAUACAUGUAUAAAUAUAACACCAGACAAUAACGUGCUGCAUAUGCUGUGACAAAAAAAUUUCUACUCAUGAUAGCAUUUACAUACAGCAAUGAAUUCAACUAUGCUCAAAACACGGAAAACCCUCUAAAUAUUCUCGAUCCCUGUACCGUCCCCCUGUCCCGUAAAGAUUUCUUGCUGUUUCUGUUCGCAUUUCGUUACGUUCGAUUUGAUUAAGUCCAUACGGAUCUCACAGUCAAUAUAAAACAAAACGUUUCUCGUGAUGUUAAAAAUGGGUAUGUAAAAAGAUUUGAAUUCUUAAUUCGGUUACACUUGCUUUGAUUUGUUUUUCAUCUCAAAUAAUUCUUCAAACUCUUUUCUGUCACGACAAAGCCCCUCUUAUAAGUCAAUGGUGUACUUUUACGCAAAUAAAUAAUGUACAUAAAAAAAAAAGAACUUGGAAGGGAGUAAAUACAAACACUGUGUACGUAAA